GGCCGAAUGAGCUCUGCAAGCUCAUCGACCCUGCAAGCAUAGUUGUUCGUACCCGGCAAAAAAAAAAAAAAAAUAAAAGAGAAAAAGGAAAUACUAAAAAUUUAUCUCGCCAUGAUCAAAACCUCAAUUGCAGGCUAGGGUACGGAACACGGACUUGCGUAUAUUUUGAUUGCUAAUGGAACCGCAGGUGAAGCAAAGGUACUAGAUUAGGCGUUUGAGGGUUCAUUAUUUGGCUUGAGAUUGAAUUCGAGUUUCGCCGAUAUUAAUUUUGUCGCACAAGGACGAAGAAUUGAGGAAACUGGAAUUCUAAUUGACAGUUGAAACAAUGUAUAGCCCUGUGUCCACGGCCACUACCACCCGGGGUGGGGAACCAACUGAAAGUGGGGAUUCGGUUGUGACUAUAGAUCAAGUUCCUCGGUGGAGUGAUGCCGAGCAGAGAUUAUCUUUGGAAUAUGGGAAUGAAGAUCCUUCAUUUUCUAAUUCAUAUUUUCCCGAUCCUUUAGCAUCUGCUUCGAGCACCGAAAGUAGUAUUAAUGGGAUGGUCUCGAGAUUUCCUGUUGAUCAUGAAAUAAACUCGAAGAUAUAUCUAUGGAGAGGACAACCUUGGAAUCUUGAGGUAGAUGCUGUUGUGAAUUCUACAAAUGAGAACUUGGAUGAAGCACACAGCAGCCCUGGUUUGCAUGCAGCCGCUGGGCCUGGUCUUGUGGAAGAAUGUGCAACACUGGGUGGAUGUCGAACUGGGAUGGCAAAGGUGACUAAUGCAUAUGAUCUUCCUGCUAGGAGAGUUAUCCAUACUGUUGGACCCAAGUACGCUGUCAAAUAUCAUACUGCUGCAGAGAAUGCUUUGAGUCACUGCUACAGAUCGUGCUUGGAACUUCUGAUUGAGAAUGGUCUUAAGAGCAUUGCGAUGGGUUGUAUAUACACAGAGGCCAAGAACUAUCCACGUGAACCAGCUGCUCAUGUAGCUAUACGGACCGUUCGUCGAUUUUUGGAGAAACAAAAAGAUAAAAUAACUGCUGUUGUCUUCUGUACAACUACAUCCUCUGAUACCGAGAUAUAUAAAAGAUUGCUUCCGCUCUACUUUCCUCGAGACAAACAUGAGGAGGAGGUGGCCAUUUCAAAGCUCCCUGCUGAUGUUGGGGAUGAGAAUGGCGAGACAAUUAUUGAUGAACGUAAAAUCAGAAUAAAGCCAUUGCCUAAAAAGACUGCUUCAAGACCCCCACAAGCCCCAGCUGAACUUCCUACUGGUGAUGUUGGUUUGGUGCGAAGGAACUCUCAUUAUUUGGAUUCCUAUUUGGAUCCUGCCUUCAUGUCUUUGAUUAAAGAUCCAGAUCAGAGACGUAAGGAACAAUGGGAAAAAACUGCUCAAGCACAAAGUGGAUGGAAUUGCGCUAAAAUGCUUGGAUUUGGUGACCUUGGUGGACCUCCUUUAUCAGCUGCUGAGGAGUACUCACUUCAUUCCAGAUACCUUGCUAAAGCAAAUUCUCUUAAUCUUUCUGAAAUUGCAGAGAUGAAGAUAGUUUACCGUGGUGGUGUAGACAGUGAGGGCCGUCCUGUGAUGGUGGUUGUGGGUGCACAUUUUUUGCUGCGAUGUCUUGAUUUGGAGCGCUUCGUGCUUUAUGUGGUAAAGGAAUUUGAGCCAUUGAUACAGAAGUCUUAUUCUAUUGUAUACUUUCACUCUGCAGCAUCCUUACAGCUCCAGCCUGACUUGGGAUGGAUGAGAAGGUUACAACAAAUACUUGGUCGGAAACAUCAGCGUAACCUGCAUUCAAUAUAUGUUCUUCAUCCAACUUUCCACUUGAAGGCAACAAUUUUUGCUCUCCAAUUAUUUGUAGACAAUGUGGUCUGGAAGAAAGUUGUAUAUGUUGAUCGGCUUCUUCAGCUGUUCAAAUAUGUUCCACGUGAGCAGUUGACCAUCCCUGAUUUUGUGUUUCAGCAUGAUUUGGAGGUGAACGGAGGCAAGGGUCUGAUCGUGGACCCGAGAUUGCUGAAUAGGAAGGAAGAAGGAGGAGAAUAA